GAUCCGGGAGACGGUGGAGAUCAGCUUCCCUGGCGCCCCCCAGCUCUCUUCCCCGGGCAGCUCGGGCUGGGACCCUUCCACGGCUCAAGGCUCUGGAAUCCUCGGAAGCCACGUCUCACCGGGUCUGGCGCUGUCUCUGCUCAAGGGCGCCAAACUAAAGCAAAAGCCAGCCAAGCCAGGCGUCCCGUUCCCCGAGCCAGGGGAGGAGGAUGCGCCCGCGCCCCGCGCCUGCCUUUCCCCUCUGCGGGAUCCCAGGCGCCCCACCCGGGCCGAGCCGCUCCGGACCCGCCCCCUUUGCGCCUGAGUUGGCGGCGGGGCGGAGAGAGGAGGAGGCGGCGGGAGUGGGGAGGGGGCCGGGCAGCCCUCUCGCGCGCUCUGCCCUCGACGCCUCCCUCGGUCAUUUGCCGCCGGCCACAGGAGGCUUCGCACGGGCAGAACCCGGGGCUGAGGGAUUCCGUGGGCUUGUCCUCCCUUUGGCAGAGAGAGGCAGAGCUUGAGCCCCUCCCCAGCUGGUGGCGCCCCCUCUCGGCCGCGGCAAGACAGCAAAGAAGCGCCCCAACUGGCCAGGCAGCUGCCGGAGGUUCAGAGUCCAGCACUUGUGAAGGAGGCAAAGGGGCAGCGAUUGCUAUGAUCCAGGCACUGGUGCUCUUGUUGCUGGCUGGGAGCAGAGUCACGGGUACCAAUACCAACCCACGCCUGAAACUCUCCUUCCAUGAUCUGCGGGGGCGCCAUGGACUACGCACCUAUGAGUUGGAACGCUCCUGCUGCUAUGACUCCUUGUUGCUGGACGAAGAAAGAGGACGGCUUUUUGUGGGUGGAAAAAACUACCUGGCAUCCCUGAGCUUAGACAAUAUCAGCAAGCAGGACAAGAAGAUUUACUGGCCUGCUCCAGUGGAAUGGAGAGAAGAAUGCAACUGGGCAGGAAAAGACAUAAAUGCCGAGUGCAUGAACUUUGUCAAGAUCCUGCACCUCUACAACCGUACACACCUGUAUGCCUGUGGCACUGGAGCCUUUCACCCCAUCUGUGGCUUUGUGGAAGUUGGGCAGCGUGUGGAAGAUGCUGUGUUUAAACUGGACCUUAAGAGCUUAGAGGAUGGGAAAGGGAAGAGUCCUUAUGACCCACGCCACAUGGCUGCCUCAGUGUUUGCAGGUGAAGAGCUUUAUUCCGGUGUGGCUACUGACCUGAUGGGCCGGGACUUUACCAUCUUCCGCAGCCUGGGCUCUAGGCCAUCCAUCCGUACAGAGCAGCAUGAUUCCCGGUGGCUCAAUGAGCCUAAGUUUGUAGAUGUCUUCUGGAUCCCAGAAAGUGAGAACCCAGACGAUGACAAGAUCUUCUUUUUCUUCCGGGAAACGGCUGUGGAGGGAUCCCAAGGGCUGGGCAAGCAGACUUUUGCCCGGAUUGGCCAAAUUUGCCGGAAUGACAUGGGUGGACAAAGGAGCCUGGUGAAUAAAUGGACAACCUUUCUGAAAGCCCGGCUGGUCUGUGCUGUGCAGGGGAGUGACGGGAGUGACACCUACUUUGACCAACUCCGUGAUGUCUUCCUGCUGCCAACCAGAGACAAGCGUAACCCAUUGCUUUAUGCAGUUUUCACCACCUCCAGCACUGUUUUCCAAGGAUCUGCUGUCUGUGUCUACCACAUGAAUGAUAUCCGCAGGGCUUUCUUGGGGCCCUUUGCUCACAAAGAGGGGCCCAAUUUCCAGUGGGUGUCCUACCAGGGCCGUGUCCCUUACCCCCGCCCAGGAAUGUGUCCCAGCAAAACCUUUGGCACUUUCAGUUCCACCAAGGAUUUUCCAGACGAUGUGAUCCAAUUUGCCCGCAACCACCCAUUAAUGUACAACCCUGUCUUGCCUCAUGGUCAGAAGCCUAUCUUUUUACAAACCAAUGUGGGCUACAGCUUCACUCGCAUUGCAGUGGACCGCGUAGCAGCUGCAGAUGGGCAUUAUGAUGUUCUCUUCAUUGGCACAGAUGUUGGCACAAUACUGAAGGUGGUCUCUGUGCCCAAGGAGACGUGGCAAAGCAUGGAGGAGCUGCUACUGGAGGAGCUGCAAGUGUUCAAGGACCCUACUCCAGUUACCAGUAUGCAGGUCUCCUCCAAGCGGCAACAGCUCUAUGUGGGCUCCAGGGCAGCCAUCUCCCAGCUGCCUUUGCACCGUUGUGGGAUCUAUGGCAAAGCCUGUGCAGAAUGCUGCCUUGCAAGGGACCCUUACUGUGCUUGGGAUGGCACUUCCUGCACUCGCUACAUGCACAACACCAAACGGCGGUUCCGGCGCCAGGAUGUAAGGAAUGGAGAUCCCAGUAUCUUGUGCUCUGGAGAUCCCCAGCGAAACAGUGUGCAGGAAAAGAAACUGUAUGGAGUAGAGGGCAGCAGUGCCUUCCUGGAGUGUCUUCCUAAAUCCCUGCAGGCCCAGAUUAUGUGGACAUACCAGAAAACCAGCAGUGCCCCGCGGAAGGAGGUGUCAUGGGAUGACCGGGUCAUCAAGAUGGAGCGGGGAAUCCUGCUGCGCAGUGUGCAACGCAAAGAUGCCGGCCUCUACCACUGCCAAGCCACAGAGCAUGGCUUUACCCAAAAUUUGUUGCAUCUCAGGCUUGAAGUCAUCAAUGCCCAGCAGGCCGAAACUCUCUCCUUUUCCUGGGAAGAGGAACCCACACAGCCCUUCCAUCGCAAGCUUUGGUACCAAGACUUCCUGCAGCUGGUAGAUCACCCCAACCUCAGCACCAUGGAUCAGGUCUGUGAGCAACUGUGGAGCCGCAAGAACCAUCAGCCCAAAAGAAAGCCACUGCUGCCCCCUCCACUUAGUGUCAAGGCCAAAAAUCACAAGUGGAAGCAUUUAGAAGAGAAGAAAAGGGCCCGCAGCCGUAGAACACAUGAAGUUCCCCGUUCGGAAAGGGGUCCCCGGAGCACAGACUUCUGGUGACCUGCAAAGGCCACAGCUGGACAACAUCUAUGGCUAGGAGGGGCAGGGUGAGAGAGUGACUGAAAGGGGUAGAGUGACCAAUCUGAUUUGCAGGGAGAUAACUUCCUUCCCCCCUGCCUUCAUGUGUAGCUUGUAGAGGAAGUGCUGCUGUCAUCAUAGCCACUUAGCUGCUGCUCUUCUGAACUUGGCAUGAAGAAACAGAACCUGAUAAGACAAAGAGUUCUGCACCCCUGCCUGUUCCAUAAUGCACAACCAAAGAUGGAGACACUGGCCUCCAAAGGCCAAAUGAAACAAAGGCCAUCUCCUGGGUGCCCUGUGCAGUGGAAAUUAAUGUUGGCAGGAAUUGUGGUUCAUUUCCAUUCACUGACUGCCCAGAAUUUUGUUUUUAAUCCAGCCUCCAACUCUGGAACUUUUAGUGGUGCUCUGACAUUUUCCAGUGGCAAGACAGCCCCGUGGAGCACCUUGCAAAGGGAGCUGAAUCCCAUGCUCAGAACUCUUCCUCAAAUAGCAGGCUGUUUGCCCCCUUUCGUCUUCCUCCCAUAACGUCUCCCCCAGUCCACUUACCUUGUGUGCAUAUGUGUAGCAAUGGGCGUCCCACCCCCAGAGACACAACAGAACCACUGAUAUAUUUAUUAACAGAUUGUUUACUGAUGAAUGUAAACCCACCACACAGUGAUCCACUAGGAUUUUGCUUCUGACUGAAGGAAUGGGGCUGUUGUUGCCCAAAGGACUAUGGGUACAUUACUGGGCAUGUAUCUUCAAUAUGUGGCAGAUGGAGAUGAAGAUGAUGAUGAAAGAAGGAAAGAAGGAAAUGGACAAGGGACUAAACAGUACAGACUGCUCUCACUUUCCCCUUCUCUCGCGCGAUCUCCCUCCCUCCCUCCCUCUCUCUCUCUGACACACAGAUUUAUGUUGUGUUUAGCCAGAGUGUUUCUCAGAGAGCAAACUAGGAAGAGAAAAAUCCCUACUAUGAGAAAACUUUUAGGACUCGAUCCAACUGUGGGGCGGAGACCCAAUGCUGUCAACCUCCCAAGCUUUUCCUUUGUUCUGGUGCCCCUAAACAAGCCUGUUGUCUCAGGCAUAGUGGGAAAUAGUAUCACAUCCCAUGUUCAAGGAAGGAUCAGCUAGCCAUUCAUUCAAUCCAUUUUUAUCCUUCACUUUAGAAAGCAAAAUAUCAUUGCAGGUAAAUGUUCUAUAUACCCUUUCCAAUUUGGCAGGCACAGACCCAAUGAAUCCUUUGCCCAUCCACUUUUUCAGCUGUUUUUAAAAUGUCCAGGUUUCUCAGUUUUCUUUCUUCCUGCUUUCUCAUUAUCCUCAGCUUACUUCAUUUGCUACCAACUGAGCUCAGAGUGCAAAAAUUGUUUGUACACAAUUCAACAGGGGAAGGAGAUGGUGGAUCUGAGAGUUGGCUUAGACAAAAGCAAACUUCUGCAGCCUCUUCCCAGUUGUAUGUCUUGACCAUACUCUGAUAUUGCUUUGCAACACAUGGCCCAGUUUUCAUCUGUAAAAUGGCAUUAGAUUGUCCUGGGAUUUAGGAAGUACUUCUCUGCAGCGAAUGUGUUUUUCUUAUUUAUGGUAUACAAGCAGUGCUUGCGGGGUACAAUACAUUAUGGAAGGAUAGAGUUGGAACUCGUUGGUCUGGUUGAAAGUGAGCGGAAUCCAGUCUUUGGGAAUAGAAUGGAACAAAUAGCUGUUCAUAAUGUGCAUUCAAUAUGCAAGUCAGAAAAAUAUGCCUUCUUUAGGGCCCUCUGGCACUAAGCACCCUGCUCAACCCUUGACCUUCUUGCAUGCAGGCUCCCCUCAAUUCUCCUGUUGGUGAGAAAAGUCUGAGACGAUCAGACCAUUUGGAGCCUCAAUGAAUCCUGACACUGUAUUAUUUUUCUUUUAAAAUACCGAAUCAUUAUUUGCCUUUCACUUCCCUUUAGCUCUAGGGUAGUCUUUGCUGCUGUGACUUCAGGAUUUUAAAGUCAGGUUCUGAAUACUGAAAUACUCUAUGAAUGCACUCUGCUCCCACUAUGAUUUUUCUUUUCUCCUUGGGGGCAAGCUAUGACUUAAGAAGGAACAAUUAUACUAUACAUGCACUACUCUUUCAGGACAUACAUCUAAAAUCAUUAGGUUCCUUUGCAGCACUGUAAGCCAGUAGCAGCUCACGACCUCUUGUGUCAGCAAGGAGAUGAACCCAGUCUGCAUCGGAAAAUGCUGUCCAAGGUAGUGGACCUGUUCUGAGGACAGGGGUCACUUCUUUAAAGCUCAAGAUAAAGCCUGGAGUUCAUUUAGCAAGCUACUGACAUGGAAGCUACCAGCUGGCACCAACUUAGGGCUCUAUGGGAGUCAUGUGUAGAGACACAUGGUAAAAAGAAACAGUAAGCACAUGAUUCCAGAUCUAUAGCUUACCAUGACUUUUAGACCUUAUGACCGAAGUUUAGGAAUACUGCUGGCUAUUGAGAGGGGAAGAUGAGUUAAAGAAUAAGGAAAAACAGUGCUCUGGGAAAGAUACAUUUCUAGUACUUCUGUCAC